AUGGGUUCUAUCAAGAAAACAAAAGGGAAAAGCCAAUCAACCAAAAGAGUUGUUACGCCAGAAGUGUUUGCUGAUCAACAAGCUAGAAAUCAACUAGCGAAUGCUCCUAAUCUAACUGAAAAAUCAGAACGCAGAAAGGCAAAUAAAUUACAGGUAAAGAAGGAACAAGCUAGGGCUAGACUGUAUGGUAAGAAGAAGAAGGAGAGUACAUAUUCGGAGAAAGACUUAGAUCUUCCAUCACUCAAUAAAGCGGUUAACCCAGGAGUUAAACUUAGAAGAGGUAAGAAAGGUAAGAAAUUCAUUGAUGAUCAUGAUAGCUUAACUUUACACAGGUUAAUAAAAACAAUCGGGGACAAAUACGAUGAUAUCACUGAAAGUAAAUUGGAGAAAGAUAGAAGAUUAGAGGUAAUCAGAGAACUAAAAAGACAAGAAAUAGAAAGGAAAGAAGCCGCCAAACAAAGUCAGUUAGAAGAGAAAAAGGACGAAUUGAAGAAGAAAUCAUCUAUUGCACGUUCAAUGAGAAGAAAAAACAGAAGAGAUCAAGAGCGUGAUCUGCAUACUACUUCUAAUGAUAAAGUGCAAAGGAAGAAGAAGUCUGUCUCCUUUGCUUGA